CAGCGAGGACCACAGGAACUGACCUGAGUGCAGCCAGACAGGUCGAGGUGGAUGAGUUUGUGGCAGCCUUUCCCUGUAGCCAGGAACUGCAGCUGAAUCCCACCAUAUCAGACACGGUCAACCCACAAACCUCCACUCCCGUUAUCCAGUAAAACAUCCAACCUUCCCCCAGCUUCAGCUCUCUUCAGCCACAGGAAGCCCCAGCUGGGGUCAAGAUGCAUGUGACCUCCCCUUUCCUUCUGGCUCUUCUAGUCCUCCUGCUGCUCCCACCAUCCACCCAGCCAAGGAAGGCCAGCCAGGGCAAGGGUCUCAGAGUAGGCAGACAUCGCCAUAGACAGAACAGAAAUCGAGAUUCAUCAGACCAGGCAACAUUCUUCCAGUCUUCAACUGUCCAAUUUUGGGUGAGAGGUGGGGGGCGCCAAGGCAGAUCGGGAGACUCCAGCCAUAAGGGCCCUGACUGCUCAGAGUUCAGCAAUCCUGGAAACCUCUUCAUGGACUGCCAGGGGAGAAAACUCUCCUCCAUCCCCUCUGCCUUAUCUUUCUCACGGCCCCCAGACCACCUGCUACUGGCCCGCAACCUUAUUCAGGCCCUACGCAACAGGGCCUUCUCUGGCUAUGAGGGCCUGAGGAGUCUGGACCUGCAACAGAACAGGAUUUCUGUGUUGGAAGAGGAGGCAUUCCUCGGUCUGACACACCUCACCAGCCUCCUGCUUCAGCACAACCAUCUGAGCACGCUCAGCGAGGAGGCUCUCAUCCCCAUGCAGUCACUGCGCUACUUGCGUCUCCAUGACAACCCCUGGAGCUGCCACUGCACCCUGGAAAGUCUGGUUCGCACCCUGCAGGUGCCCAGCAACCGUAACCUGGGUAACCAUGCCAGGUGUGAGGAACCUUUUAGGCUAAGGGGCAGAAAGCUGAAAAGGGUGGAUCCAGAACUGCUGUGUCUGGAGCCGGAGCCCAUCAGUGCCACUGCGGACCCAAAGGGAGAGGACGGGAGAAACGCCACAGUCCCUCUGCAGCCUAGCCCCUUUAGGAGCAAGCCUGAUGCCACCACCGUCUGCCAUACCUACCUGUUCCCCACACCACAUAUGGACUGCAGGAGCAGAGAUCUGACUGAGGUUCCUUCAGACAUCCCAAGGGAAAUAGUUCGCAUGGACCUGUCCCAAAAUUCUCUCCGGCGCUUGAAGGGCAGAGACUUUGUGGAGGCCAGCAGGCUGAGGUCACUCAAUCUUAGCCACAACAACCUGGAGGACAUGGACACAGCCUCCCUUUCCGGUCUCCUCCACCUUCAUGAGCUGGACCUGUCCAACAACAGCCUGCGUUUUUUUCAUUACGGAGUCCUAGAAGAUCUGUAUUUCCUGUCCCUUCUAAGGCUGGAUGGAAACCCCUGGGUGUGUGACUAUAGCAUCCACUACCUGGUGUACUGGCUGCGUCUACACCCAGGAGUGACCCACUCAGGCCUGCUGUGCCACUCCCCCCCCGAGCUCAGAGGGAAGAGUGUGGAGGACUAUGUUCACUCCUACAAUAGAGCCUGCAGCCAGACAGAACAGACUGAUCCGGAGCUGUGGAACACGGCAAUGGAGCUGCAGGUGUCACUAGAGGAAAAGGAGGUGGAACCAGCAAAUCUGAGGAGACCGCAGAAGUACCGCCUUACCAGGUUGAAUUAAACAACCACUGCACGGCGAAACAAACUUUUGUCUUUCAAAACAGCAAAUGUGGCGCUGAUAUCAGAAACUUAUAUCAAAUUGAAUUUGAAAGAUUCUAGAAUAAAAAUGCACUACAAAGUGUGAAUCAAAUUAUUUUGGAGAUUUGUGAGUGGGUUAGGGAAACAUUUUAUUUCACAGACUGCAGGCUACGUGUCAGGUUUUAUUGGGUUUGCCGCACCCAGGUAAUCAUCAGUUAAUUAGUUAAGUAAUUAUUUAUGGUCCUUAACUUGCCCCAGAGAGCCAAAGGCUGAUGCUAAUAGGCUAAAGAGGUUUGCUAGAAGUUCUUAUAAGCACAAGCUAGACUAGGUUCCUUCCUGAUAAAAUGUAUAGAUUACAGAAAUGUUAUAUGUUUAUGUUGUAGAAAAUGUGACUGUGGUUGGUCAA